AUGGCCACGACAAAUUCUGCUGCCUCUGACUCCGUUGAGUUGAAUGGCUCAGUCUUCACUGCUGAUCGGGUGGUGAACUCGUUUCCUCGGCAUGAGGUCGUGAAGCUUGAUGAAGGGACGUUUCUCCAGUGGAAGCAACAGGUUCGUUUUAUUGUGAAUGGAUAUGAUUUGUUUGCCUUUCUGGAUGGAUCUGUGUCUGCGCCGCCGAGAUUUGUACAAGCAUCGGACGGUGCUCUUGUACUUAAUUCGGCGGCCUCUGUGUUUACUCAACAGGACAAUCUUAUUACUUCGUGGCUUCUUUCUACGAUAAGCUCGACCAUUAUAUCCUCUUUUAUGGAUGUGCAAUCGGCAUCUGAGGUGUGGUCUACGGCAUUGGCAAUGUUCGCCGCCGAUACGGAUCUACGGCAAGAAAGGCCGCGUCAUGAACUUCACUCCCUCAAGAAAGGGAGUUUGUCGAUCCGGGAGUAUGUUGCCAAGCUAAAGAGUCUAUGUGCGCAUCUAGAAGCGUCUGGAACAUUUGUAUCUGUGGUGGAACGAACGGCGGUGAUGCUUGCGGGUCUUCCGUCCGAGUUCGAAGGAGUGGUCUCCUCCGUGUCGUUGUCCACGACUCCUCUUCCAUUUCAGUGGUUGGUGGAUGCUUUGAUUGAAUGUGAAAAUCGACAUGUUCCGUCGGAUCAGGAAGCCGUGUAUAGUGCAAAUCUGGUGGAAGAUUCAUCGGUCUCGGUCACGGAUGGCGCGAUGCGCUGA